AUGUUUAAAAUUUCCCCUUAUGUACCAUAUAUAUAUAAAUGCUCAAAAAUAAAAAAUUUCAAAAAAUUUUAUAACGAUUUAAAAAAAAAAAAUUAUAUUGACUUAAUUAAUUUUUCUAAAGGGUUGUAUCUUUACUUGUGUAAUUUUCCUCAUAAACAAGAUGAACUACUAAUAAAUUUUGCAAAAACCUUAUUUAGAGAUAUAACAAAGAAUGAAUUAGUAAGAUGUGACAAAAAGGAUUUAUGUCUUUUAAUGCUUUUAUAUUUAAAAUGUAAAAAGGUAUGUAAGAAGUUUAUUCUUGAAAAAAAAGAAAUUAAUUACAUAAGUUCUGCUAUUGAAGAAAAUAUAGAUGAUUUUGACGAAGAAGAUCUUUCAACAGUUUUAACUUUUUUAAAUUGCACAAAUAAUUAUAAAUUAUAUGCAGACAGUAAUGCAGAAAAAAAUAAAGUAAAUACAAAUAUUACAAAGCAAAUAAUUGAAAGAAGUACUCAUUAUUUACAUAAUUUUAAUCAAAUGAAAAAUUUGUGCAUUUUAUAUAGUUAUUUGUGUAGAGAAAAUAUAAGUGUUCAAUUACAUAAUAAAAUUUUAAAGCAAAUUUUUAAUGGUUUAGAUAAAUGUGAAGAUACAGAUUUAACUAACAUAGUUUUUAAUUUUUAUUAUAUUAAUAGUUUUUUUUUCAAAAAUCUUUUAAAUAAAAUACUUGAAUUUUUUAUUUAUUACCAAAAUAAGUUAAAAAUAAGUGAUAAAAAAAAGUUAUGUGAAAUACAAAAAAAUGUUAACACAAUUUAUAAUUGCGAUAAAAAUGAAAAUAAAUAUGAGAAAGAUGGAAAAUUAAAUUUAAUAAGUUUAAGGAAAAAUAAAUUAAUUAACUACAUUGAAAAAUAUCAGAAUUUUAAAGAAUUUAUUGAUGAUAAAUUUGUUAUAAGUAAAAAUGAGAGUAAUUUGAAAGAUAAAAAUGUAAAUAUAACUUAUAAUAACUUAUUUAAUAUUUAUAACUGUAAUAUUUAUGUAUAUAGAUUUAUAAAUGAGUAUAAUAAAAUAUUUAAAAAACAUAAAAUAAAAAAACUUACUGAUCAAUGCAAUUUUGUCGAUAACGUUUGGAAAAAUUGCAGAUUAUUGUAUAAUUUUUACAUAUAUUUUAAAUAUUAUAUAAGUAGAUCAAAUUAUCAAAUAAAUAUAGAUGAUAUAAAAAAUGAUGUAAUAAAUAAUUAUAAUUUUAAUAUAUAUAAUUCAAAAUUAUAUAGUAAUAUUUUUACUCCUAAUAAUAUUAAAAUAUUUAUGUACAUAUAUAGUAAUGGAGUAAAUUAUCAUUAUCAUUACUUUAAUGGGUGUAGGGAAUUUUUAAAUAAAUAUAUAUUAGAUAUUCUCCAAACAAAUUCAAAAAAGGAAAAAGAAAAAGAAAAAAACACAGUUAAGCUAAUAAAUAAUGAACAUAUUAACAUUUUGUUAAAUAUUUUAAAUCAAAUGAGUAUAUAUAAUGAUAAUAUAUAUAAUUUAAUAAUGGAUAAUUUUAAAAUAAAUCAAAAUUAUACCUUAAAGACAACUAUAUUAUUGCUACAAUUUUCUUUUUCUCAUGGAUGUAAUCAUGAAUAUUAUAUUCUUUACAAAUAUAUAAACAAAAUAAUAGAUGAUCAUAUUAUAUUUGAUAGUAUUUUUUUUCCUAAUAAUUAUGGAUACUUAUUUUUUCCACCUUUUAUUUUUAAUAACAAAAUAUACACACUAUAUAUAAAAACAUUUUUGAAAUGUUGUACACAUUAUUUAAGAAAAAAAGAAAAUAUACAGAGUUACAAAUUAAAUGAUGAACUAUUUUAUUUUGGUUUAUGUUACAAUAUAUUAUUGUAUCAAGAAAAAAACAAAUUAUUUUUAAAAUUUUUUAAAUUAGAUGAUUUACGAAAAAUUUAUGAAUUUCUUCACAAAUUUGAAAAAAUAACAAAAAAAAAUUCUUCGUAUAUAGAUAACACGAAAACAAAAAAAUUAAAUAUAUAUUAUUUUUUUCUUCAAAAGAAUAAAAUUAAAAAUUUAUUAAAAUAUAUUGAAAUAUCCUAUAGUCAAAUUGAAAAUAUGUAUAUAAAUUUUUUUAAUUUUUUUAAUAUUCAUCAAAAUUAUUCUUAUAUAUACAUAAAUUAUGAUAACCAUUACUACAUUCCAUCUAUAGUCCCAUCAAUAAUAAUUCAAAAGUAA